AUGAAGUGGUCUGUGGUAGCUCUAGGCCUCCUGGCCUCUUCAGUGUCAGGACACAUCCAAAUGUCCAACCCCUACCCUCUUCGCAGUCCAUUGAACAAGGAUGGAAGCGGCCAGAAGGAUUACUCCUACACCAACCCGUUGUCCACCGAUGGUUCCGACUAUCCGUGCAAGGGCUACGCCAAGGACGAAUUCAAAUCGGUGGCCAACUACAGCCCCGGCCAAGAGUACGAUCUGGAACUGCAAGGGAGCGCGACUCACAACGGCGGUUCCUGUCAGAUCGGCCUGUCCUACGACCAGGGCAAGACGUUCCGUGUGAUCCACUCGAUGCUGGGUGAAUGCCCCCAGGCCAAGAAAUACAAGUUCAAGAUCCCCCAAGACGCCAAGUCCGGCCAGGCCCUCCUCUCCUGGUCGUGGUUCAACAAGGUGGGCAACCGCGAGAUGUACAUGAACUGCGCGCAAGUCACCAUCGGCGGCGGCCACUCCAAGCGCGAACAGUCCACCCGGUCCCUAAUCCGUCGCGGCGGUUUCGACAGCCUGCCCGAAAUCUUCCAGGCCAACAACAACGGCCCGGGCAAAUGUCGCACCAUCGAAGGCCAGGCCGUCAAAUUCCCCCAGCCGGGGUCCUCCGUGCAGGGUGAGGCUGGAGGUGACAAGGGCUACGAAUGCGAAGGAAGCGCGCCGUUCCUGGGGUCCUCCCGUUCCGCGAAAACUAGCUCCAACUCCACGAGCUCGUCGGCCGCACCCUCGUCGUCCCAUGCCCACAUGAUUUCCUCUUCCGGCGUGGCCUCCUCCGCCGCGCCUUCGUCCGCCUCCCCGUCGUCCAGCCAUGGCCCCAAGACGCACGAUACUCACGGACCAGCACGCUAUCCGUUCCUCAAUAGCAUCGCAAACGGUUUCGCACACAUGUUCCACGCUGCCGGCUGCGUAGACGGUACCAUCAUCUGCGAGCCUAAUGGCCUGUCGUGGUCCAUGUGUGAUCAUGGCGCUCCGCAUUUCAUGGGCGCCGUGGCCCCCGGCACCAUCUGCCGUCAUGGCCGCAUGUACGCGCUGUAGACUAUCUUUUCUUUUCUUUUCCUUUCCUCGUUUGUAUUUUGGAGGUCGUCGAUCGGGGCUGUUCUUAUUGUGGCCUCAGCGCCAUAUUUUAUAUCCAAUCUCUUUUGUUUUUCCCUUAUGUCUUGUUACAAUAAUGUUGUUGUCGUGUCUUGCUCAAGAUUGAAUACUAUUGUGCACAGUGUCUUUACUUAUAUUACUC